AUGCACGCGCCAUAAAGACUUUUGCAAUACCUUUGUGAAACGCAUUGAGAGCCUCUAUGCGAAGAGAUCCAUCUACUUCGUACUUUGAGAAGUUUCUCAAGUGGAGCUAACUGUUGACAGGCAGCCUGAGUUUAGAAUGUAGGCUAUGGGAACUGGGGAGCACACCUUGAGCAGUGGCGACAUAUUAGGAGGUUACAUUUAAGUUUAAUAAUCUGAAUUCAAAGCCACGAAGAUUCAUUUGUUUUCUUAAUCAAGCCAGAGAUGCUUAUAUAUUGUGUUUACAUUUAUUUCAGACUAAAACGAUUGAUAGACAAAUUUUAAACUAACAAACCUGUAGACAAUGUUUCGUGCAAACUUGCUAGACAAGUACAAAAGUAAAGUUGAAUGCAACCUUAAUAAGUUGAGGGAAGCAACAGAUAGUGAUGAUGUCAAAGAGAAUCCAUACUUUCCAGAUUUUGAAGUAAGUCCAGGGAUGUCGGCAAUGAUUUCGCUUAUAAUAGAUACAAAUAAUUUUUUUUUUGCAUUGGAUGGAUCUUCUGGAGAAAUACAAGAGAAACACCAACAAGAAAUAGCCGACUACAUCAGUGAAAAUAAGCAGAUCCUGGAGGUUCUGUGUGGCAUUGUCGUCUAUUCGCCUAAGCCAAACUGUCCUAUUAUUGGCAAGUUGCACAAGAUGUCAUUAAAUCUGGUGAUGAGUCUGACGGACAAAUCGGAAGAUUUGUGUGAAGCUGUUUGUCAAAUUCCAGAAUAUCUUGGCUAUUUAAAAGGCAUUAUGGAUAAUACUGAACUAAAUGAUGACGGAACGUCAGAUGAAGACAAGAUGUAUUUACAUCGUGUAAUUGGGGUAGUCAACAACCUUGCAAUGGAUGACAACAACAUAGAUGUGUUACGUGAUGAAGAUUUUCAAACAUCACUAACAAAACACAUAUCAGCUGAUGAUGAUGGUAUCAGUCUGGCUGCUCUUCUUGGUUUAGCUGCUAUUAUGUCGGAAGAUGAAAACACAAAUAUCCAGGCUUGUACCUCAACUAUUAACAGUUUAAUGGAUGAGUUUGAAAAAAGUCUAGAGAGUGAUAUGCACAGAUCACCAAAUGGUUGGAAAAGCCUGGAAUUGGCAUCAGGAAUUCUCAAUCUAGCUCGAUUUGACGACAACAAAGCUCUGUUUGUGGAAAAAAACUGUUUGCCUAAUAUGAUGAAGAUUGCCAUUUCCAAGAAUCCAAAGGAACGGGAGAUUGCCUUACGUUGUUUAUGGACACUUGCUUUCGACGAUGAUGUCAAAAAGAAAUUGGUUGAAGAGCCCGGACUAAUCCAUUUUCUUGAUGAAAAACGUCAAUCAUCUGACGGAGAAAAUAGUGAUGAAAAAAUAACUUGUCAUAAUAUACUAUGGACUCUAGGAGACACUUUUCGAGUAUCCGAGGUCCAUGAAUCAAUUAGGGGAGAAAUGACUGAGAAUGAUGAUGAUGAGGACCAUCAUGAUGAUGGUGAUGAUAAAGGAGAAGGUGAUGUAAAUGCUGAAUAUUUUAAAAAUCAUAGAAGUGAAGAACAAGAAAACCAACAAACGCAACAACACAAAAAUAAACCAGAAAAAUUAAGACAUUCAAAAGAACAUAAUGGUCACGUAAUGAUAAGCUACAAUUGGGAUAAGCAAGAUUUGGUGUUGAAAAUACGAGACCAACUCAAGUCUAACAAUAUAAAGGUAUGGAUGGAUGUUGAUGACAUGGAAGGGUCGACACUUGAAGCCAUGGCCGAAGCUGUUGAACAAGCUGAAAUUGUGAUCAUGUGUAUGUCUCGAAAAUACAAAAACAGCGAAAAUUGCAGAGCUGAGGCUGAAUAUGCCUUUACGAAAAAAAGAACGAUUAUACCAAUACGGAUGGAAACAGACUACACCCCUGAUGGAUGGUUGGGUAUCGUUUGUGGAUCGAAACUGUGGUAUGAUUUUAGUGAUGAACAGUUGAUGAAUUCAAAUAUGGGUCGAUUUUUAAAAGCGGUAGAAAAUUCACUGAUGCAAAAGUAAGGUGGUCUUGUAUUAAUACCACUAUUAUUAAUUAAAGCCAAUUUUUUUGACAUUGUAUAUCAUUUUAAAA